AUGCCAGAUUAUGCAUGUAAGGAAGCCUACACCAAAUUCGGUAUUAGCGAACAAAACAAUCCCUUCCUGUACGUGGUAUUGCCAAAGCAUUUGAGGCACACAAAACUCCAUCAACAACUAAUGGCAAAUAGCCAAGAACUUGUCACCCCUCACGAUUUACACUCUACCCUCGAAGAUAUUCUUCAU